CCCGCCUCACUCUCCGUCACAGGCCGCGGGCUGGCUGGCUGAGCAGGCCGCAUCCCGAGCGGGGCGGAAACCGGGCACUGCCUCCCGAGAGCCGGCACCGGGGAUACCGCCAGGCCGCACCCGAAACCCCGGCCUAGAGUAACUGCUCCGCCCGCAGGAGGAGGGGGUCUGGCCGGCCUCACACAGACCAAGCUCCCCGGGCUGGCUCCUCAAUCCCCGGCCUGCUCCUACCCGGAGUCUCCGCUGCGAUCCCCGCACACCUGCCUCGGCUGUGGCCCCUGGCCUGCGAUUCCUGGGGCCCCUGUGCUGUGAGCUCCUCCACCCUGGCAUGCGAUCCAUGGGGCCACAGUACCGCUGCCCUGGCAUGUGACUCCUGGGGGCCCUGGCAUGCCAUUACUGGGGUCACACUCCCCCUGAGCAGCAUGACCUAGCCAGCCCUGCCAGAGCAAGCUAAGGCCGGGAUAUCUCCAUCAUCUGCAUCUCCUAUAACCCUGGGGGGAUUGGAAGACCCCCGCCCCCCCGGCUCUCUCACAAUGACCUGGGGGUAAGAAAACCCGGGGGGAGCAUGUGAGCUGGAAGGGACCCUCCCCAAACCUCUGGACUGCAAGAGGGGACCCCUGUGUUUGGACUGGGAGGGGGCUGCUGCAGACCUGGACCAUCAUUUGGAUUUGGAAAUGAAAAGGCAACAUCUUCCUUACUUUUGGAGGGAGUCCAUUUAUUGCUUUACGAUUUUAAUGAAUUCUCUGUGCAGUUGGUGGGAUUUUUGUUGUUGCAGCCCCUGUUGUACUGGAAUCUUGUUAUAGACCAACCCCCCCCCGUGCUUUAAUGAGAUUUGCUAUCACAUACUGGAUUGGAUAUUUUGAGUUUAUUACACACAUAUAUAUAAUCCGUAUUUUCUGCUUACUGGAGCUAGUGGUCUGAAGAGUCUGCAAUGAACCCGGUGAAUGCUACUUCCCUGUACAUCUCAGCAAGCCGCUUGGUGCUGAACUACCAUCCUGGGGAUCCUCAGUCCUCAGCCGAGAUCUGCAAAAUGCUUCCUUUCUUCAGGCAGGCACUUGCUUGCUGUGUCUGCGGUGAGACAAGGGGCAAGUGGGGUAAUGUUUGGUAAUAGGGUCCUCCUAUCUAUCCCAGUUUGAACCACUACAUACUUUAUGUAACAAUCACGUGUACCCUGCUGCAUAACUGUUGUGAUAUUAGGGUUAUUGGGAAUUUCUGUAAAUGUUAUACAAAGGAGAGCACAAUGCAGACGUAUACACUACAACAAUAUAUUUUAGUAAAAAAAAAAAAAAAAAACUAUUUUGUAUUUAGCAUAAAAUGUUUUGUUUUUUCGGUAUAGUCACAGCUUGGUGGUUUAGCCUUUAUUUUGCCAUUCAAACUUUAAUUUACAAAAAUUUGGAGUUUAGUGAAUAACGAUCUUUGCUUUGGAAGCUGCAAGUAGUCUAAAAGCUUGUAGCCUAGUGAGAAGAGAAACUUAAUAAAACUGUAGAUAUUGUGAUCUUGAUAUAUGGAAGAAUCUGCUGAUCUAUCUAUAGAAGUGAGGGUGUGUUAGAACAAUGGUGAGGUAUAGUGUGAAGGCUAUCCUUUAAAGGGGUCUAAAGGUUUACAGCAAUUCUUUGAAAUUUCUAGGAAUGAGAAGUGGAGAUUGUCCAAGGGGAGAAUAGUGGGAGUAAGUAUGCUAGAUAGAAAACAAGUGAUACUACAUAAUGGCAAAAGGAAUUUAACAGUCAUAAUUGCAAAGGUGUGUGUAUAUGUCUCCCCUAUUUUAAUAUGGCUGUGCUAACUCGUCCAAAAGUCUCCAGCAUUAUUGCAUAGUUUGAAUGUAAUUCCAGCUGCAAUGCUGUGCCCAUUGCGAUGACGACAAUGGUUUCACUGCUGUUCAAGGGAAGAUAUAACCUGCCAUAUUAUGAAGGCAGGUGGUACCCAUUAAAGUCUCUGGCUCUGUAAUUAUGGGAGUCUUCAUAUGUUGUGCAAAGACUCCUGCAUGUGACAUUCCUGCCGUGUGUGUGUGGUGGCUGGAUGAAGCUAAAUUAGCCAUACUUACCUGCAGCUCUCUUGUGGGAGUUGCAUCUUCUUUCUUCAGUUCUUAGUACGUCAUCUGCGCGUAGCCCGCUCGAUCCUUACUCAUGUGCAGUAGUAAAAACAUUAAGGUCUAUGGAUAAGACAGCAGUGCUCCUUUCCCACUACCAUUGCUAGUGAUGGCUUUAGGUAUUGAGAAACGUUGAUAACCAAAGACCAGCCUACUGUCAUCCUGGUCUUUGCUCAUAAGACAAGGUAGUACCUUCUUUGUCUCAUGUUUUUGUUUGUAUUUCUCUGAAUUACAGCCAUUAUUUAAAAUUUUCCCAAUCAUUACUCUAGAUGUACAAUAUAACCACAAAGUGAUACUAGUCCUUUUUAUUAUUUACGAAACCGAUGAUAACUAUUUGCCAUUACAACGGUUUUAGAUUCUAUAUGUUGCUCAGCUGGCCCAUUGAUUAGGUGGGUAUCAUGCAAUGCAUUGUAUACAACAGCAAUGACAAAUGUUAGCUAAAGUAAUAGGCCCAUGCUGAGUGGCAGAUGUUAAUACUUUUACUAGAAUUUCUUUUCAGAUCUGUAUUAGAAUGAGCAUGUAACAGGUGGUUAUUCCAGUGGCCCGAGAAUUCUUUUACUGAAGCAUUACCUUGACUAGUUUUCUUUUUUCUUUCUGUAGUGGUAUUAGAUCACAUCUAGAUAAAGAGAAGGGGGGAGUGGUUGGUAAAUGCAAUAGCCACUGGGUAAACUAAUGCAAGGAGGAAAUGCAGAACUACCAGAGAUGAAUGCUGCUUGCCAUUGUUUUAGUGUAACAGGCAAACUACUUUACUUUAAAACAAUGUAAUGUACUUUUUCAUUUUGCUGGCUGAUUCCUUUCAGUUGGGCAACCAGUUUUUUUGUUGUUGAUCAUUUUCAAAAUAACAAAAGGCAUGCUCUGUUGUGUAUGCAUGCAUCUGCUUUCUUUAUUGACAUCAGUGAGAAAUUGCUGAACAUGGGUAAUGCUACAUUCUUACUGCUUGGCUCAUCAUAAGCCAGGGCUUGACAAAUUUGCUUUCAAUCUAGGAGCCAGCCCGACAAAAAUACAAUUCUUAAAGGAACACUAUAGUCACCAGAACCACUACAGCUUAAUGUAAUGGCUCUGGUGUAUAUAGCCUGUCCUUGUAGACUUUUCAAUGUAAAAGCUGCCUUUUCGGAGAUAAAGCAGUUUUUACGUUGCUGCCUAGUAACACCUCUAGUGGCUUUCACUCAGAUGGCCACUAAAGUGUCUCCUAUCUUAGUCCACAAUGAGUAGCACCUACAUUCAGCGUUUCCACGCUCUGCAUGGAAGCGCUGAACGUUACCCAUAGAGAUGCUUUUAAUUGAUUUAAUGCAUCUCUAUGAGGAGAUGCUGAUUGGUAAUUGAUAAUCUGAGCUACGAAGGUUGGCCAGCUAUAGCGAGACCGGUAGGCCGCUGGGUAAAAGAUAAGUAAAAACAUAAUUCCCAUUGCGAUUAGAGGGGGCUGGUGACCUAAAAAUACACACUCACUGACAGACACCCGGACUGACACACAGAAACACUGACAGAUGCAGACACACACACACACACACUUGCCAGAGACAGGCACACACACAGUAUUAUUAUUGAUACACUCAAAUAUAUACACACAACAUACAUAAACACAAAUACACAUACAGACAUAAACACAUGAUAAAUACACAGAAAUUAGAAAAAAAAAAUACAUAUGUUUAGCAACCCUCCUACCUUUUCAGCUCAGGAGGGUGGUUCCCCUGGGGUCCAGUGGGACUGGGCAGCUGCAGGUGACAACUGGUUAAUGGGGCUGGCUGCGGCUAAUGGGAGUAGGCAGCCGUGGUUUCAGACUCCCUGUUUCCGCCUCCUCCUGUCUCUCCAGCCCCGUGUGUGCAGAGAUGAAGUGAAGGGCGCUGUCAUAUCUUCCUCUCGGCGUGAGGUCACGCAGGGUAAAGGGCGGCUGGCUGGCUCUGUGGCAUGGGGGGAGGGAGGCGGGCAGGGAACAGGAUCUGCUCUGCAGCAUGUCGGCGGGAGGCGAGCAGAGUUGGCUUUGCUUUACCUGGUGUCCUGCCAGGUUAGCUUGUCAUUCCCCUGCGCUGCCUCUGCACCGGGAGGAAGUAAUUACAGUUCUUCACUUCCUCCCGGCGCACACAGUGCUGCACGGGGAUCGAGACCGGAAGAGGAGGGAAUGGGCUGACCAAUCCCAGGUGUCAGGACAAAAUAUUGAGUCGUCAUGGCGACCUGGCACCUGGGAUUUGUUGAGUCCUGUAGUAAGCAGUCACUGCUGUCUUAUUUUUAAUUUCAAAGUUAUUACUCUUUGUACCAAAUCUAAAAUAAUAGGUGACUUUUGAAAUGUUUCUUUCCUAAUGUUGUCUGAAGAUGAGCCCUUUGAUGUUGGAAAAUAAUCAUUCAUUUGAAACAAAUGUCAUCAUGAAUGGAUGGCAAAUAGUCAGAGGAAAUAGUAUAAAUAUGUUGGGUUUUUUUUUGCACAUGCAUAUACAGCCACGAUGCCUUUUUCUUGUUUUGCUAAGAUUAAACAAACACUCCAGUAUUAAAACAAAAAGAUAUAGUUUAUCAUUUGAGUGUUAGUUGCUCUCUUUAGGUUCAGGUGCACCCCUUUCUUUAAAAACUGAAGAUUGGAAAAUAAAAUAAACUUACAAGUAAUCCAGCAUUGGGAGAGUCUCUUUGCAGCAGUCUCUCUGUUGUCUGUGAUGUCAGGGUUGAUAAUCUCUGUCCAAUCUGAUGCUUCUAGAAAAGUGGUAAAUUCAGUGCUUCUGCGUGAGAAACACGAACUGUGCUUGGUAUAGUCAUGUUGUGCGCGCGUGUGUGUGUGUGUGUGUGUGUGUGUGUGUGAAACUGAAUGUGUAGACCUUGAGGAAGUUGCUCAGUCUGACUGUCCCUAAAUGCAUGUUCUCUGACAAAUGUAAAAACAUUACUCAGAAAUAGCAGUGUUUUACACUGUUUAAUAACGGAGCAGCAUCUAUGCACUGAAAAAAAAACCUAUAUGAAAAUGCACUAGUUUUAGUGCUUCGUGUCCCUUUAACAGUAUUCUCUGAUCAGCCACAACAUUAAAACUACUUAUAGGUGAAGUGAAUAACUGAUUAUAUUGUUACAAUGACACAAGUCAAGGGAUGGGAUAUAUUAAUGAAUGAAGUCAGUUCUUGAAUUUCAUAUGAUGGAAGAAGGAAAAAUGGGCAAGCAAAAUGAUUUGAGUAACUUUGACACAGGCCAAAUACUGAUGAGUAGACAACUGGGUCAGAGCAUCUCCAAAAUGGCAAGUCUUGUGGGAUGUUUAUGGUAUAUAGUGGUUGGUGCAUACCAAAAGCUGUUCAAGAAAGCAGAACUGGUGAACUGGCAUCAGGAUCAUGGAUGCCCAAGGCUCAUUGAUGCAUGUGGGGAGACAAAGGCUAGCCCUGGUAUGAUCAUAAAGAACUACUGUAGCUUGAAUUUCUAAAAAAAAAUAAAAAAAAUAAACCUUAAUGCUUGCCAUGAUAGGUGUCAAAACACACAGUAUAUCACAAUUUGCUGCUUAUGGGUCUACAAAGCCACAGACAAGUCACAGUGCCCAUGAUUACUCCUGUCCACUGCUGUAAACUUCUUUAAUGAGGACUUUCAGAGUCCUCAGAGCUGGACCGCAGAGCAAUGGAAGAAGGUUGCCUGGUCUGAUCAUUUUUCACAAACACAUUGUCUCUCAAAAAAGCCUUGGUACUAAAGGGGUUAAUGGAGUGGUUUUGGUGUGUAGAUGAUGCCUCUGCAGUCACCUGCUCCAUUUUCUACCAUUUAGGAGUUUAAAGAACCGUUUGGGUACUAUAACAACUUCAUCCAAAUGAAGUUAUGUUGCCUGAAAGCCCCUGGUGCUGGCUUACCCUUUAGGGGGUAAACUGUUAACUAACAGUUUAAUCACAAAGUCUGUGCUCUAGACCCCCUGUCCUUCUUUCUGAUGUGGUGCCUUCAUUGCAUUGUAGUUAUGCCUAUUUGUUUCUUUUCUAAAAUCUCACCAACUGUAACACACUAUUAAGGAAAAUCUGCUAAUUGUAUAUUCUGCCCAGUAAGGAGAUCACAUUUGCACUAGGAAAGGCAGUGUUUCUUAAAUUAAACAAUCUGAGGGCAGCUAGUAGGCCUUGAUAAAUGAUGUCAAUUAAAACUACUGAAAAUAUAAAUGGGACUCUCUUUUGGGUACUCUCUUUAACACAUUAAGUCUGCUGUGUUUCCUUAUAAAUUAAUCUUAACAAUUUUUUUAAUCUACAAGAAUAGCACUUCACUUUUGAAUUUUAAGGUAAUACCGUGCUUCCAUAUUCAGGCUGGCAUUUAACUGGCUGCCAUGGGAAUGUGUACCUGUCUUUCACAAUCCUAUGUUUCUUUAUUAUGAAGACUACUGUACUGCAAUUAAAAUUGCCUUACACUUAUUUCCUUGUCUCUCACCCUAAAAUCCCACCUCCCACGCUAAAUAAAAAUUAAAAAGUGUGAGGACGUGUCCUGCUUAUUUCUGUCUGUCCUCUUUUAGUGUGGUACUUUGUGAUAUAUGGAUGGGAUUUCAGCUGUUUCAUUGUUUUGGUCAGCAGUAUUUUCUUCUGUGGGUCUCAUGUUUGAGAUUUUUAGAUUUCCCUGAGAUUAAAGGGACACUAUAGUCACCAGAACAUCUGCAGCUUAUUGAAUUUGUUUUGGUGAGUAGAAUCAUUACCUUCAUGCUUUUUGCUGUAAAUACUGUCUUUUCAGAGAAAAUGCAGUUUUUACAUUACAGCCUAGUGAUAACUUCACUGCCCACUCCUCAGAUGGCUGUUAGAGAUCCUUCCUGGGUCAUGGCUGCCUAAAAUGCAUCCAAACAUUCAGUAUCUCCUCUCUCUGCACGCAGACACUGAACUUUCCUCAUAGAGAUUCAUUGAUUCAAUUAAUCUCUAUGAGGAGAUGCUGAUUGGCCAGAGCUGUGUUUGAAUUGUGCUGGCUCUGCCCCUGAUCUGCCUCCUUGCCAGUCUCAGCCAAUCCUAUGGAGAAGCAUUGUGAUUAGGCUACCACUUCUGCUGAUGGCAGUGGGCAGGUCUAAAGGAAACUGGGACAAGCAAGCAGCUCUAGACUUUAAUACAAGUAAGAUUUUACUAUCUGUAGGGAGGCAUGAGGGGACCAGGGUGGCUAGAUGGUGGUUUUAACCCUGAAGGGUCAGGAAUAAAUGUUUGUGUUCCUGACCCUAUAGUGCUCCUUUAAAUUAGCACUCCUAUAAUUAGUCUGCUUUUGCCACCUAUGGGGGCAUCCGAGAAACUCAUAACCAUUGCAGUUGUGAAACAUCACUUCCUGUAUUCAUGAAAUAGUUUCAGUUUCAAAAAUAUAUUUUUCCUUUUGCCAAUGUUGUAAUAUAGCUUACUUCCCAUUGUUGUUGUUGCCAUGCAUAACAAGUCUUUUUGUAUCUUACAUUCACUAUAAAAAUUGUCUUUUAAAAACAUACAUGCUUUUUAUAUGAUGGGUCAUUUGAUCCACUAUUUCAUAUCCAAAAGCAUGUUUUAUUGUUUCUCAUGAUGGCUGUGUUGUAGCAAAUCAUGUGCAUAACAAAUUGGUGGUAGUACAAAUGUCAGUUUAAUAAUGCUUGCUUAUUUAGAUUUUUCCAUUUUACCCCUUUUUUAACUCCAUUAAUGAAAUGAAUCAGAAGUACUGUGAAUUCAAUUUCCACCACUGGGGGGCAGCACUGUCUUCCUCAGCUGAGGAAUUCUCUAUUAAAUUCUAAUGCCUUUUACAGAUAUAAAGUUUUUUUGUUUUUUUGACAAUCUCAUUUUUAUUGAAAGGUUUUAGAACAGUGGUUACAAGUAAUAAAAAGUACAUAUAGGAUAGGCAGAUUGGUUACAGACAUGCGUGCUGAACAAGGGUAGAGUCAUCGGUGAAACACAUAACGUUCACUUGGGUUACACUAUUGUAUCCAAACCUGCAUGUACUAGCCUAGUGCCUCGAACAAGAGCGUUCAACUGGUAGGAGAGUCAAUCUCUGUUGCGCCUUGCAUGCCACCUACAAUAUGAAAGUGUGCGUUGUGUCUUACUACAUUUAGGUUCUAGCCUAAGUAGUGGGUUGUGGGUGGUAAGGUCAGGUGGGCCCUAGGUCGGGGUUUGGUCGUGCGAGGUCGAGAUCGCUGUGUUGCUGGUGUCUGUUGCCGUCUGGCUCUGUGUUCUACUGCCCUGGGAGGGGGGGGAGGCGUUAAGGGUGUAUCACCAGUAGCCUCGGGAGAGCGGGAGGAAGGAGAGGCAGGAGGGGGGGUGAAGAAAGAAAGGGGACAGGGGAGGGAAGAGAGAGUGUGGAGGAGGAAGGGAAAAAGAGGAGAAAAAAGAAAAGGAGGGGGAAAAAAAGGAGAAAAUAAAUAUAUGUAAUUGUUGGGUGGGGAGUGGGGGAGAUAUGGUGGUUGGGAGAGUGGUGGGGAGGGGAGGGGGUAGAAUGGAAGGUCUUUAAUUGAGCGUCCCGUUGUUGGUUAUGUAUAACAGCCAAGAGGUCCAGGUUCUAGUGCAGGCCUCUGAGUGGUCGUGGAGGGCCGCGGUCAGCGACUCCAUAGAAUGUAUCUCGCUCACCCUGUCUACCCAAAAGCUGGUCUUUUUUUUAUUAAUCCUGACCAAUAAACUAAAUACAUUUGAAGCCAUUUAAACAUUAGAUCGUAUGGUUAUGGUGAAACUCAUGUUCCACAGAUGAUGAAAAUGCAUUGGAGGUAACUGUUUCCAAAAACAAAAUUUUAGCACAAUAAGCUGUAGUGGCUACUUUUAUUUUGAAGACCCUAUUCAUAGCAUUUAAAAUGAAGGGAAAGCCAGACCUAGUCAUGCUGCUGAAAGGGUAAUGAAUUUGUAUAUGAAAUUUAUAAAAACAUUUAUUUGCACAUAUACAAGUUUUAUAUUGAUCAAAGAGCUAAAGGGGAAAUGUAGAAUUUAAGAAUUGUCAUGUUUCAAAUUAUUUAUCUUUUAUUUUCAUUCUUUUCAGGAAAUUUAUUGGAAGACCCUAUUGCUCCAACCAAUUCCACCUGCCAACAUUAUGUAUGCAAACAGUGCAAAGGAAAAAAGAUGAUGAUGAAACCUUCAUGUAGUUGGUGCAAAGACUAUGACCAGUUUGAAGAGAACAAGCAGUUGAGUAUUCUUGUUAGUUGCUAUAAAAAACUCUGCGAGUACAUCACACAGACUCCCCUAGCACAAGAUGUUUUAAAUACAGUGGAAUGUUCUGCAGACCUAUUGGCUUUCCUUCCUGAAGAAUCUCCUCCUGAAGAACAAGAGGGUACUCCGUCUGCACCCUCAUCCCCACUAUGCCCAUCGCAUUCCCCACUUCCUUCUAAUUCAGAACCAGCGAUAGAAUCUGACACAAGUUUAUGUCAAAUCCAGCAAGAUAAACUAGACAUUGAAAAGGAGUGCUCAGUAACUAAUGGAUUAACUAACUGCAAUGGGCUCCCUGAAGCUGAACUCAAUAUAGUAAAUAUAGCUUCUCCUGAAAGCCCUGGCCCAAUAGAUCUAUGUUGCACAGCUGUUGACAUUAAAACAGAAGAUCUAUCAGAGACUUUGGAGACUGUCUGUGAUCCAGUUUCCACCAGUGAGUUCAGUUCGGCUGCACUUGAUAUUUGUGGCUAUAACGAUGAUCUCAAAAGCAAUGAUCCAUUGCUUUUGAGCAUGGAGGAAGUUUUACAGACUUUAGAAACCGUUUCUGGUGCUGUGAGUGAUUGUGAUCUGCACCAUAGCUUGGAAACUUCAACUUCUAAUGGAACUUUUCUAGACCUUUGUCCCCAACCCCUUACACACACAGUUUUGUUGUCUGACAGCCAUGUUCCUUCCCACGGGAUUUCUUGCACUGCUGCCACCCUUAAAAUGGUGAAAACAAACCGCAAACGUUCGCGAUCUGAAAGUGAUAGCGAGAAGGUCUUGCCACUACCAAUAUCCAGCAUCAUUCUUGGGCCAACGCUCGGAUCACCCACUCCUAUGUUGAUAACACGUGAAAACAGGAACUUUUUGCAACCUGUGGUUACUGUCCCCAAUGGGGGCAAUUCAUCCAAAAUCAGCAAGACAAUUCUGUUGUCAAACAAACCGUUAAAGAAAAAUCCAGAGCACGGUCCCAAGAAAACGCAUCCAAAAUCUAAACCAACAUUGCUGAAAACUAAAGAUAAAAUGAAGGAAAAGAUUCCCAGCAAUAAUGUGGUGCCUGGAAGCCCAACCAAAACGGUUUAUAAAAAGCCUCAAGAGAAAAAAGGCUGCAAGUGUGGACGUGCUACUCAAAAUCCAAGUGUUCUUACAUGUCGAGGCCAGCGCUGUCCUUGUUAUUCAAAUCGCAAAGCCUGUCUAGACUGUAUUUGCCGUGGCUGCCAAAACUCAUACAUGGCAAAUGGGGAGAAAAAGCUAGAGGCUUUUGCAGUGCCAGAGAAGGCAUUAGAGCAGACCAGGCUUACAUUGGGCAUUAAUGUGACGAGCAUUGCAGUACGCAAUGCCAGCACAAGCGCCAGUGUCAUCAAUGUUGCAGGUUCCCCUGUAGCAACAUUUCUAGCUGCCAGUCCCCAUGAUGACAAAAGCCUAGAUGAAGCUAUAGACUUGAGGUUUGACUGUUGAUUGGGCUUGGAUAUUCCUAGCUCAAAAGAAGCAGGGGGAUGGCUUCUGUUUUAUGGCAGCUAUGACUCUGGUUGGUUAAAUUGCCGGAUCCUCUGCAUAUAGAUCACUUGUAUCAAGUGUGUUCAUUGAUAAGUUAUGUGUUUAUGUUUGUUGGGGUGGGAGGGAGAAGGUUGGGUAGGACAAGGGAAAGUUUGGCUGUAAGAGAAAUUGUUACCCUAAAAUGUCUGUUUCCUUGGCUUUGGUAUGAGGGUUGGAGGGAGAGUUUUGAUUUUCUGAUGCACCUGAUUUAUAGAACACGAUCUUUGGCAAGACGAUCAACCACAGAAUGACCUUUUGUAUCCUGUCCAGUGUGUUCAUCAAGUCAGUUAGAUUCCUACAAUUUACCGUCUGUAGAAAACACAUACUGCGCUAAAUUUCUUGUCUAUAAAUCACUUAGGAGAAGCUUCAAAUUUAAAAGUUUUCAGGCCUUAGGUAAUUUUUCCCCUUUCUUUUCUAAGGGUGUCUACAAAUGUUCUAAAAAUUCCUGUGCAUGACAUUUUAUGUAAAAUGUUUCUGGUCACCCCGACCCCCCCCAUUAAUAUGAGGAUAUGAUAUAGCUAAAGUCAUCUUUCUGUGCAAUUGAUUAUUCAUUUGUGUUCAUUUGUAUUGGUUUUUUAUCAACAAACUUUGUGCAUUGUAUUGAUAUCACAGGCAAAGUCUUCUCAUUUGUUCUUGAUACAAUGCACAAGCCUUGUUGAUGAAAACUUGGCACAAUAAUGUUGCAUUAAACGGACACUCCAUGGUAUGUUUGACCUUACGUUUCUUGUUAAUGCAUUGUUUAGCAGGCAUUUACUACAGCAAAUAAUUAGGUGUGAUACUCAUCAGUGCCAUCUUGUCCAGUCAGUUGUCUCCAAAUAUUUGAAAGUGGGUUGUUCUGCUUGAAUGCAUUUAUCACCGGAGUGCAUUUUCACUUCAUUUACCAUGCAAAUGAAUGAUAGCUGUUCAUGCCUGCACACUACAACUGUACAGUAAUUUCAUUCGAGUUGCAACUGUAGUAUGCAUGCACAGAGUGGCUUCUAUUCAUUUGUACCUAGAAAUGCACAGCACAGUGAUCAUAAAAUUGAAUUCAAUUCUAACGAACUGAAAGUGAUGACUCAAGCUGCUUCAUUUGAAUUAAUCUAUUGUUCAGAAACCUUAAAUACACUUUGCACCCUUAGUAUAAUUUUAUCUGACAAUCUUCAUCACAGGGUUUCAUAUUAGCUCCAGGAGUUGGAAAAUCUAGGUUCCUACUAAUAUUGAUGGAACUUAAUCUCAUGCAGUAUUUUAUAUAGACGUUCAGGUUUGUAUCUCUUCCCCCAUCUUCCACAACAACAAUCUGACUGGCUCUUAAAUUUGUCUGGAUUCUAUAUUUAUAUCCAUUCAUAUCAUCCUUGUCAGUUUUACGGCUUUGUAUUGGAAAAUAAUAUAUAACCGUAAUUGUGACCUAUUUAUAGCUGCAGUUUUGUGUAACGUGGAAAUGUGUAUUCAACAUGACACUAUUUAGUGAUGUGAAAAACCAAAGUGGUAAGAUUUCCAUUUGAGAGGUUUUAUUGGAACUGCUAUGACAGUUGGAUCCACAUUAGGCUUUGUAGAAUCUGUUACACUUAAAUGUCCAGUAGAUGAGAACAGCAGCACAAUCACUGCACAAAUUAACAGUGAUUUGUGCAGUGAUCGUGCCUAAUUAAAACAAAUUGUCUCCAUUUAUUGGGGCUCUUUUCAUGUUAAGCUUUCAUAUAAUAAAAUUAAUCCCUUCAACUGCAAUACAUCCAAAUACUAUCUAUGUAAAGAAUGUGUAAUUCUCUUCUGUUAUUACUUAGAAAUCGUAAUUAAUUGCUUCUUUUUUUUUUUUUUUUUAUUCCUCCAGUUUCUCUUAACCCAUUAAAGACCAAUGAUAGUCUGUUUAUAUAACAUGGCCUCUAGAAAUCUUACAUUUAAGAAGGUCCUAUUAACAUUAGCAGCAUUGAAUGGCAUUGCUGAUGGCACAUAGGAUGUUCUUUUGUUUAUAUAGAAUUUUUACAGAUCAAGUUGCAAAGGUGGCAUGACUGUUAUUGGCCAUUAAAGGAAGUACUGCUUUAUGAACAGCAACUGGUCAAAUUGAUUUUCGUGAUUUUUUUAUUUUUUAAAGCUUUAACUUUUAGUCGGACAGGACUCUGUUAUUUAGUUUUCUUCUAAGAUACAACAACACUGCCCCCUAGUGAAUCUGUUCAUCUACAAAGCGAUCAUGGGGUGAUAAAUUAAAGUUGUUUUUUGUCCUGCAUCACACAUAUUCUCACUUUUACUGAAGUUCUGAGUUAUUUGACAAGAUGACUGCGGGAACAAUUAGUACUAGGUUUUAAAGAAGAAAAUUACACUGUUCUUAGACAUCCUAACGUUUUGUUUUGCUAACUAAUUGGUAAACCAAGGUAUUUUGUCAUUUAAAGACAUGCCCUACAGUGGAUUGAUCAUCCAUCAUUUAAUGUAUUGUAGUGAUAUAAUGCAUUAAAUAAAUAAUGAUAGUUGUGAAUGUUCAUUUCCAACAAAUCCCCCUGCUCUGAGGUGGCUAUCAAGCUGUAUAUUUCCCAUACACACCUUUUGGGAAACCACAGAGGUAAUGUGCAUGAACUGCUUAUGGUGAUUUAAUCAUUAAAAAAAAAAAAAAAAAGUAAUGGAAAUGUUUACACAAAUGAAUGGAAGCCUUCAGUAAUUUCCACUAAUUUUGCGGUGUUUAAAUUUGUUUUCCAUUCUUUUUCUCAAUAAACAAAACUCUGUGACUUUCUCUAUUGCUGCACAGUUUAUCUCGAAAAAUAGGGAAAGCUGUAAGGUUUUCAAGCACAGCAGAGAUUUAAGAGAAAAUAUAGCUGUAUGUUUCUGGCUGCAUUCUCACGUAAUGUUGUUAUUGGGCAUUAACGGAUUAGAGAUUUAGUGUGUGUCUUUGUUGUUUUUUGUUUUUUUUCAUGUAUUGCCAAAACCAGUUCAUAUCUGGUCUCAUCGGAAAAAUUCAGCAUAAGGUUUUUUUUUUUUUUUUCUUUCAUAAUCUAUAAUGUAUAAUCUUGCACUAUACAUGCCUGGAGUGUCUCUUUUAAACCAAGUGGUUAGCGAAGAUUGGACUGUCUUUCCUUACAUUUGAGGUACAUAAUGCAACUGCAAAACAUUGUUUGGUAUUAUUUUGUUCCUAUUUUUCUCAUUGACUUUCUAAUUUAAUUUAUGGGUGUUUGUAUCUAAAGUGUUUUAAGUCAAUCCCAUUUUGUAAAUUUCUAAAGCAUUGGAUCUAUUUCAAUAACUCUAGACUUCAAACUAAUUUUGGUCUGCAGUGCUUUUAUUUCAAUCACCUACUGGUCACUUCUAUAUAGGUUGAAACUUUCCCUCAAAAUCCAUAUAUUUUCUAAAAUGUCUGCUCAGUCAGUUACAUUUGACCGCUGCAUUGAUUAGACCAUUUUCCAUAUUUUAGGUUAGGAUUCCAUAUAAGUUUCAAUUAAACUAGGAUCUUACUUCAUUUCAGAAUUUCAGGCAUUUUUGAUGGUGAAGUAGUCUAUUCUGAUAUUUCCAAUAUUCUUUAGGUUAUAAGUUGCCUAAUUUUAUAGUAGUCUAUUCUGAUAUUUCCAAUAUUCUUUAGGUUAUAAGUUGCCUAAUUUUAUAUUAACCAUUGCAUUGUGCAUACAAGAAAAAGGUGAAACUAUGGAAAGUGGUUUGCUUUGAAAUGUCUUGCGCGUCUAGAAUGUAGGUCAGGCAGUAAAGUCUAGUUUGGCCUCUAUUCGUUUAGUAGGCUGGUUAACCCAUGGAUAUUUUUUCAUUAAGUGCAAUGUUAUUCUAAUAAUGGAAUCGUUACAGCCACCAACUGUCGUGUUACCAGAGAUAUAAUAGUAAAUCCAAUGUUUGCAUUAGGGCAAUAAUUUUAAAGUUUGCAUUGUUUAAUUUGCACUUUGCAAACUACGUUGUCUUGCUUACAUCAAGAGACUUUCAAAUUGUAAUUAAGCUUACUCCUCCGCAGGUGAGCUUUUUGCUGGUUAGAAAAGGUCUAAGCUAAAAUCCUACCCAACAUAACCUUGAAUAUACUGGUUCUGAUUGUGAAUAAAAGGAUUGUACCAAUAUGGCAAUCUACCCAAUCAUACAUAAGAUGCAGUUUCAGUGACACCCUGUCUGGUUCUGUAAUGUCUGUACCCUAGUGUCAUCUUUUGUGAAUCUGGUCAGGUAGUUUAAAUAGAAUUCUAAUAUAAGUUCUUUAAUAUUGUGUGUGAGAGUGUGGGGGUUCUGAGGCAAAAGCCAUAGGAAGAUGUGAUGUGCGUCCAGUCUGUAAUAACUCCCCCUCCCCCUCUUUUGCAAGAAGAAUUCAAAACUAUUUUUGAUAAAGAGUAAAUUGUGAAAAAUGCUAACUAGUAUUUCUUGUCUUUAUUUGCCUAACUGGCACCUUUUUUGUUUUUGUUUUAUUUUUUUUUUAUUAUUAAAUGAGUUCCUG